GUACUUGUAGGCUAGUUCUUUAGUACAUUCUGGUGGCUCUGAUAAAUGAGAUAGAAUGAUCUAGAUGCAUCUGUAAAAAUGCUUGGGAUAAUAGUGACUGGACGACUCGUCCAAACCGACUUUCAGCAAGUUGGUGAGAAUCAGUUCGUGAUUACUAUACCUGAUGCUGACAAUGUAAACCAUAUAGUGGUGUUCCUGACUGGUACUAUCCCUUUCCCAGAUGGUAUGGGAGGUGCAGUAUACUUUAGUUGGCCAGAUCCAAAUGCGCCACCUAAUUGGCAAUUUCUUGGAUAUAUUUCCAAUUCUAAGCCUUCGGCCAUCUUCAAGAUAUCGAAUUUGAAGAAAAAUCAUGAAUUUGUGAAUAGCAAUUUAGGAAUUUUUGGAGUUGGUAAGAUCUCACACUUUGCACAGAUUGGUGUGUCAGUUGAACCAUUGACAGUGAUUGAGCAGCAGAUAGCUACCGUUGCCGCAACUACAACUAAUUCUUCCAUGGAAUUCGUACAAAAGAUGUUGACGAGUUUUGUGAAUUAUGUGACUAGUUUUACAGUGACACAAGCUCAAAUGACACCAAAUCCUACUGAGAACUUUGUACCUCUGUCUACAUUACGGAACUGGUAUGAAACUUUUGAGAGGCGGUUACAGCAGAAUCCGUACUUUUGGAAAUCAUGA